AUGCUUCUCUCCAACUCCCACCCCGACGAGUCGAUGCUCACCGCGGAGAUUUCCUUACAGAGCGUGGGACUUUCACCUCUUUUCUUCGAAGUUAGUCUUGUGCUUCUAAGAUGUGGACAAGCUGGCGAAUUCGGCCCCGGGAAGUCAAAAUACCCCAAAGCAUUGCGUUUUGCAUUGCUUGGUUUCCGCUUCCCUAUUGUUGUGUCUAUCGUCUUAGGCGUCGUUGGAAAAAUCAUAAAGAUCAAAGCACUUGAAGAAGCGGGAUCAGUACUUCUCGUUGUGACUUUUGCAUUCGUAUGCGGUCUUGUUCUUUGGCUGGCAGCGAAAUCUCGUUCAACUCUCCCAAUGGAAGGCCAUCGUGGCGUCUUGCUGAUAAUGCUUGCUCUUCCAUUUUUGCUGGUAAGAGUGAUAUAUUUCUUGUUACAGGAGGUUGGGCCUGCAAGAUUCAACCUAGCUUCGGGUGAUGUUGGUGUUUUGGCAGGGAUGGGCUUGGUUAUGGAGGUCAUUGUUGUCAUUUUGUUAUUAACAGCGCGCGCUUUUGCUGAGCCUAUUUGGAAGACUGAUACUAAGGCAAGACUAAUUCUGUCCGAUCAUGAUGGUAUGGGGCAGGCUUGA